GCACUCCUGAACCACAACCGGACGGUUCUGUAUGCACUGGGGACAUUCGAUAGGGGGGCGAUAGCGCGUUGCCCAAACAAAUCGCUCCAUGGCGCACUAAACACAUACUUUAAAAUUAACGGCACUUGGAAUUUAGGACGUCACAUUUAAUCUCACCUUGGAGUCGUCAUCAAACAGCCAAUGGGGAUAUUUGUUGACGCAGUCAGCGACCAACGAGGGCAGUCGUGAAGGAGUUCCACUAUUGCCUAUUGCCACCAGCAAGAGUAUAUAAAGUGCGGAUGGAGUCUGAAGAAGGUUUGAAGCAAGUCAAUAACAGCCGAAACAUACUGAACACAGACUCCAAGAGCAGCGAGACAGAAGAGCCGUUUGCUAUAGGCUUUCAUUUUGAUUUGAAAAACUUUUUGCCGUGUGUUAUGCAAGUUCCCUAAAUUCAGCUAUUGAUUAUUUUAUAUAUUUAUAACUGUUUUCUUCUAAAUCACAUCUGACAUCCUGUGUUGAUGUUAAACAGAGCUGGCACAGAGGUGCUAGGCUAUACCUUGCAAAAAAAGGUAUAUUCAGAAAUUAAAGGAAUCUGCCGAACACAGUAGCAAUGCCUUACGAUCUAGGUGUGUUUGACAGCCGGGGCGAUUAUAAAUCAGAGAAACAGUGCCAAAGAACCUCCUUUGCCUUCUACCAAGCAGUGCGGGACGUGUUACCAGUAUGGGUGCUCGAGGACAUGCGGACUAUGGAAGUGUUUCAUUGGGAAGAAGGGCGGGCAUGCUCUUUUACUCCACCCGAGGCUUUUCUGUAUGCACUUGUUCACGACCAUCAACAAUACGCCAAAUUCCUCCUCAACAGAUACUCUGUUGGUGUACUGGAGAUGCCCAGUCAAAGCUUCUGCUGCUGCCAAGCAUCAGCAACACCGCAUCUCACAGUAGCUGUUCGCUAUAAUCGUAUUACUAUCCUGAAAAUGGUCAUGGACUCCCUAAAAGACUUCUCUGAUAGUGAGCGCCAGAGCUACUUGAACACCCGUGGAUGUUUUCACAUGCAAGGAGGCAAAUACGCAUUGCAUCUGGCGUGCGAACUGGUGCGCCCUGAGUGUUUGAUUCUGUUACUAGGACACGGUGCAUGUCCUUAUGUCACAGACCGAGAUGGGAACAGCCCCUUGGACUGUCUCCUAAAUCAGAUACGUCAGGGCGAGCCUGACAUGCGUAGCAAGCACGUCUGCCUUGGUUACCUCAUUCUCUUCAUGCCAAAAUUCAAUUUUCAAAUGAAGGGACAGUUGCAGAAGAAUCCAGGGCUGUGGCAGAGUCUUAUUGGAGAGCAGGCGUUCCAGUGGCUUUUAGAACUAUCUCCUCCCUCUCUCUUUGUUCAGGCUAUGCAUACGAUGACCCAGUCUAAACCUGUUAAACAGUUGGACUCUCUGCCAGACUUUCUGAAACCACUGGACUUCAGGCUACACCAGUAUACCAGAUGAAACUACUCGACAGGUUUAUUUUUGGCUAUGGUGUGAACGAUUUAAUAGCGUGAAUAAAAUGCAGUAUGCAGCUUUGUAAAUAGGAACAACAACUCAAAAGGUUAUUUCAUUUUGAUGUUUAAAAACAAUGCACUAUAGAAUACACAUCUGGACUUGAAUAAUGUUGCAAUGUAAAUAAGAGUUGUGUACACAAGAGAACCUGUUGCAGUUUUCUUUCAACCAGAAUAUCUGGAUAAGAGCGUCUGCUAAAUGACUUAAAUGUAAAUGUUAAAUGUAAAUAUACUUGGCCAUUAUCUGGCGGUUGUGGAGUAAAGCAUGGCAGAGAACGUUAUUACUAUAGAAACUACACAGGCAACUGAGAAGUGUUGUGUUACAGACCUACAGAAACAAUAGACUAGGUCCAAAACUAUGAACGUUUCACAGCAUGGUAUCACCCAUAACAUGGCACAAUGGUUUGAAUGUGCUUUUUGCACACAUUCAUGGUUGUUUUCUCUGCUGAUGAUUGCACUGCUCAUGGUCAGAAGGAAAACAUUCUCAGCUCCAGUCUUGUCCUAGGCCCCCACAAUUUUGUUUCAGAUCAGCACUGUGUUAGUGAUGGGCUAGAGUAAAAAUGUGCAGUUCUAUGGAGUUGAGAAACACUGCUAUAUUUAUGGUGGUCAUACAGCACCAUCAGGCAGAGUCUCUG